AACAUUGUACGCAAUUUCCGCUUGGCAUGCAACAUGUGCUCGCAUGUGCUGUUCACGUUUGUUUAUAAUUUAAUUACUGUGAAUCAGUGUAGCCUUAAAAUUAGAUACUUUUGCUAUUUGACCUUGAAAUGUGUUGUAAUAAUGGUUAAGUUGUGUUUUGAUUUGUGCAUUUGUGAUUUUCAGUAAUUUUGCCGUGAUCAUUAUUUUUUUGGUUGUGUAUAUUUUUUUCCCAGUUAGUUCAGUAGAUUCAGAAUUGGUCACAUGAAAUAUGAAUUUGGACAAUCUUCCAGGUACAUCUCGGCAUGGUCAUUGAGGAAUUUAAAGAAAACCAACAAAAUGCAGGUUGAAUCAAGUUUCACCAAGUACGCUGGUCGAGUGCCACCAUUAGACCUAUCCAAUGUCAAUAGUUGUCGCAAUGAAAAUGACCUCCACCUGUGGAAUAAAUCAACACCAGGUGGUAAUUCAGUUAAUGGCAAAAAACACUCUACCCACUAUCCCAGCCAUCAUCAUCAGCAUCAUCAUCAUAUGAUUAGCCGACAAGAAGUGCAAUUUGGUACCGAUGGUCUGCCGAUAGAUCCACGCGAUUGGUCACGAGCGGAUGUCUGGAAAUGGCUCAUCAAUAUGGCUGUGUCCGAAGGUCUCGAAGUUACCCCUGAGUUGUCACAAAAAUUCCCCAUGAACGGCAAGGCAUUGUGCCUAAUGAGCUUAGAUAUGUAUCUGAGUCGAGUUCCUGUGGGUGGUAAAAUGUUGUAUCGUGACUUUAGGGUGCGAUUGGCACGAGCGAUGGCAGUGCUAUCAUAACUUAAUAUAUUUAUUAAUAUUAGGGUUAAUGGUUAAUAUACAUAAUAAUUAAUUAUUAUUUUAGUUAGAUAAUAUAUUUUCACUUGUAGAUUUAAUGUGUAUGUGACAAAAGAAAAACAAAAAUAUACUACAAAAUAUAAAUGUAAUUAAUGUAUUUAGAACU